AUGAGUUACAUGUGCGUCAUUGGAGAACUUUUUGGUGAGAAAAACAAAUGUCUGUGUUUGUUCAAACAUCAUUGUUUAGUUGUUAUGUCAAUGCAAGUCAACAUUGGCAAUAUGAUUUAUGAGCGGAACGCGAAUGAUACUCUUGAGGCUUUUUGUAUAAAACGUGAUGGCCACUUAACUGAUAUCAAUCAAUUCAAAUUUACAGCAGCUGCAUUCAUCCCAAAAAUGGUAGUUGGCUAG